AUGAGAUACUGGGAUGGUAAUAUUAUCAUUAACUUUGAAUGGAGUCAAGUUGUACAAGCUUUCUGGAUUCGCUACCCGAAUCCAACAAGUGGUCAUGUCUUAACUGAGGAUGUUAUACAGAGGAAAGUUGAAGGGCAGAAACUAAUAACGAAAAAGUUAAUCAUGAAAGAAGGAAAGAUACCAUCAUACCUGGAAAGAUUUACUGGAGGUGUGAGACAUAUUCAUGUUAUUGAAGAGUCAAUUUUGGAUUUAAAUGACAAAACAUUGAUUACUUAUACACGUAAUAUUGACAUGCAAAAUGUGAUGAAUGGUCACGAAAAAUGUACAUACAAAGUUUAUCCUGCAGACCAAUCGAAAGUAUUGUGGGAGAGACAGAUGUGGUCAGACUCAAAAAUUACAGGGUUGGGUAAUCUCAUUACAAUGUUAGGGGUAAAGCAAUACCAGAAAAACUUUGAAUUGUCAAAGUCUGGAUUUAAUUAUGUGCUUAGAUCAAUGUUUGAUCCAAACUCAAUAAAGGUGCAUGAAACAAAGAGAAUCACCAGUAGCAAGAAAACAAACUACAUUCUAAAGAUAUUGAAACAAAUUCAUUCCAAA